GAACAAAUUAACUGUGGCCGUAAUGGAAAAAUUUGUUUGGAUUUGGAAAAAACCGGUGUUAAUCGAAAUUUUCUGAAGAAAGAAAUCGAUUUCCAAUAAAUAUUAUGACUCUGCUUUUAUAAAUUUUUGCUGCCUUUAAACAGUAUUUGGUUAUAUUAUUUUUGGAUUCCUGCUUUAUUUUGACAAAGAAAAUGAGUGGAGGUGUUUAUGGUGGAGAUGAAGUUGGAGCUUUGGUAUUUGAUUUUGGGCAUUAUUCUAUACGUGCUGGAUAUGCCGGUGAGGAUACACCUAAAGCAGAUAUACCUUCUAUGAUUGGUGUUAUUGAAGAAAAUGUUUCUGAUGCAAUGGAAAUGAAUGGAAACAGUACAUCCAAUGAAUCAUCCACACAAAAGAAAUAUUACAUUGAUACAACAAGCAUUCAUGUACCUCGUAAAGGUAUGGAAUUGUGCUCUUUUUUGAAAGAUGGCAUGAUAGAAGAUUGGGAUUUAUUUGAAAAAGUUCUGGAUUAUGUUUAUAGCAAACAUAUAAAGUCAGAGCCACACUUGCACCCUGUUUUAAUGUCGGAGACCUCGUGGAAUGCCCGUCCAAAGCGAGAGAAGUUGACAGAAAUAAUGUUUGAGAAGUACAACAUUCCUGCUUUCUUCUUGAGCAAGAAUGCUGUGCUUGCUGCUUUUGCCAAUGGACGAUCCACAGGAAUAGUUGUUGAUUCUGGAGCUAGUCAAACAUCAGCAGUUCCAGUUCAUGAUGGGUAUGUUUUAGCUCAGGCCAUUGUCAAAUCACCUCUUGCUGGUGAUUUUAUCUCAAUGCAAUGUAAGCAGCAUUUGGAAGAGAAUAAUGUUGAAAUCAUUCCUCCUUACUUAAUAGCUUCUAAAGAAGGAGUCAAGGAAAAUGAUCCACCAAAAUGGGUUAAAAAAACCAAUAUCCCAGAAGUUACAAAGUCCUGGCACAAUUACAUGGUUAAACAGGUUCUUCAGGAUUUCCAGUGCUCUGUGCUACAAGUCUAUGAAACCCAAUAUGAAAAGGAAGUUGUGGAGAAUUUGCCAACAGUACAUCAUGAAUUUCCAAAUGGUUAUAACCAAGAUUUUGGACCAGAAAGAUUUCAAAUUCCUGAAGCACUUUUUGACCCAACCAAUAUCAAAGGCAUUACAGGGACAACAAUGGGAGCUGCUCAAGUUGUUACUACCAGUGUUGGAAUGUGUGACAUUGACGUUCGACCAAGUUUAUAUGGAGGGGUCAUUGUGACUGGAGGAAACACUCUCAUUCAAGGAUUUACUGAGCGAUUAAAUCGUGACCUAUCUGCAAAAACUCCUCCGAGCAUGAGACUGAAGGUUAUAAGUUCCAAUAAUGCAGCAGAACGUAGAUUUGGGUCUUGGAUAGGAGGAUCAAUUUUGGCUUCUCUUGGAACCUUUCAGCAAAUGUGGAUUACAAAGCAAGAAUAUGAUGAAGGUGGCAAAACUCAAGUAGAAAGGAAAUGUCCUUGACAUUCACCUUUUGGUGAAGGUUGAUUAAUCAUUGGAUGAUUAAUCAACCUGUGUAAGUUUAAAUCCAGUGGUUUUAUAUUCUUUUAAGAAUGCUAUUAACAUUGGAUUUAAAUCUACAAUUUUGCAUUUAGUUUUAUGAAGAACUUUCCCAUUAUAUACAUGUAUCAUUUUUUAUUACAAUUAUAUGCAUUUUUUACUUUCUCAGAUUUCUCUAUUAGUAAGUCACAAAUCACAUUUGGCUUUGUUUGUGUUCAUAACUAAAAAAAAGAAUGAAUUUUAAUUAAAAAUAAAAACAUAGUUUUGCAACUUAAUUUCAGUGCCUGAUGUAAAAUCAAACAAACAAAGGAUGAGUUUUGAAUUUUUUUCUGUAUUUUAAUUUAGAUAAUUUUAAAAUUACUAAUUAACUUCAAAUAUCAAAUGUUAUAAAAUAUCAAAAAUAUUCAUACCUUUUUUUUUUUUUUGUAAAGAUGUGUUUACUCAUGGCUGAUUUCUGUAUUCUUGAAUAAUUCAAAUGUUUAAUGUCAAUACAUAAAUGUUUUUUUUUCUAACAGAAUUAAUUUUUAUAAUUUCCUUUCUGUAAAAUAUCGGUUACAGUUAAUUGAUAACUAUU